UUUUUUAUUCUUGCACUAUACGUUUAUAAUUUGUAGUUAAUAUAAAUACAUUAUUGACUAAUUUUUAAUAGCAAUUCUUAUGAGCCCCGCACUUAUACUACAACUUGUGACCAACAGGUAGUGUUCAGGACUUUUAUAUAAAAAAGAAUGACAAGUGGUCAUUUUCAAUUAAACGGCGGUGAUGGAAAUGAUUCAAAUUCAUCUUCCUCAACAGCAACAACAAAUACUUUGACCACCGGUGUGACAAGAGAGAACGAAAAAAUUAGAAAUUUUGUAUUCACCAAAUCUAAUAACGGCAUAGAGUCAAUAUCGUCACUUAAGGAGCCUGUAGCUUCUACCAGCGCAAACGCAGCAAGACAAGAAUCAUUGGAAAAAUUGGAAAUACAAAUACCGGAAUUAUUGCAAAGUGGUUAUUCCUUUUACACGUGGCCUUGCGCACCAGUGUUGGCUUGGUUUUUGUGGGAACGCCGUGGUGCAUUAGUGGGCAAACGCAUAUUGGAAUUGGGUGCUGGUACUGCUUUGCCAGGUAUUUUAGCAGCGAAGUGCGGUGCACAAGUGAUCUUAAGUGAUAACUGCAUACUGCCUAAAUCAUUGGCUCAUAUACAGCGCUCGUGUGAACAUAACAACUUGGUGCCUGGCCGUGACAUUAGGGUGAUUGGACUUAGUUGGGGUCUAUUGCUCAAUAGCGUUUUUUCUCUGGGCCCGUUAGAUAUCAUAAUUGCAGCAGAUUGUUUUUAUGAUCCUUCAAUUUUCGAGGAUAUCAUUGUCACUAUAUCAUUCCUUCUCGAUCGGAAUCCUUCAGCCAAGUUCAUUUUCACUUAUCAGGAGCGUAGUGCUGAUUGGUGCAUUGAAGCAUUGCUUAAAAAGUGGAAACUUCGUGCGAUCUUAAUCAAUAGUGAAGACAUAGGCAAAGCAUCUGGAAUUGAAAUAUCAGAUAUUAUUGGCAAUCACACCAUACAUUUGCUAGAAAUCACAAAGGAAUCUUAAUACACUAUUGUUGAAGCACAUGAAAUCUUAUUGGGCAUGGCGUGUAUACGAUUUUUGUAGACAACUUGCCGUGGACCAUUGGACAAAAAAAGAAACAACUUUACUUUUGGAAAUUCGGUCACGCAUUUUCGUUGACCCCUGUUUUCAAUAAAGAACAAAUGUUUAUAAAGUGGAGUGGUAUGGAUUCGCAAGGUUUAGUACUACAAAUAUGUAAAACAGUAUCUGCAAUCAAAAUGUGCAUUUUUUAAUGAACGUAUCUUAAGUGUUGAUUCCUAACUAAUAAUUGUAUUAUCGAUUACAAAAGUAAAUGCGAAAGUUUUUCUUUUUAUUUU